AUGAAGCUCACGCACGCUGCGCUCACUGCCUUCGCGCUCAUCGCCGCCGCUGUUAACGGCUCGCCCAUGCUGCGCGAAGAAGCCGAAGGCAACCCAGUCCAGCAGCAACAACAGGGCACCAGCACCUGUAACCUCACGGGCACGUACAAGAAGGGCACGGACAUUUCGCAGUGCAGUACUAUUACUAUCGGAUCUUUGAGUGUCCCUGCUGGCGUGACGCUAGAUCUCAGUCGAGCCAAGAACGGAGCUACCAUUCAAUUCUCGGGUACGACCACGUUCGGAACGCUUAAGUGGAACGGUCCACUUGUGACGCUAAGCGGAACGGACAUCACAGUGAAAGGCAACGGCAAACUGGAUGGACAGGGAGCCUGGUACUGGAAGCAGGGCCAGCAGAUCACCCGUCCGGUAUUCUUCCAGGUGCACAAGGUCAUUCACUCCACGAUUUCAGGCUUCACUAUCAUGAACGCGCCGUACCGCACGUUCAGUAUCGUUGACUCGAUGUACACGACUCUCACGGGCUUGACGCUUGACUCGAGGGCUGGCAACGGCAUCGCCACUAACACGGAUGGCUUCGAUCUUAGCUGCAAUGACCACAUCACCAUCACGGGUAACACGAUCUACAACCAGGACGACUGUCUAGCUAUGCAGUCCAGUACCAAUACGUUCUUUACGAACAACCACUGCUACAACAGCCACGGUAUCUCGGUCGGCUCGCUUGGUGGUAAUGCAGUUGAUAAGACUACUACCGUGGCGGGUCUUACGGUUCAGGGCAACCACAUCCACGACAGUGACAACGGUCUGCGCAUCAAGACCAUCAUCGGUCUAAAGGGUCUCGUCAAGGACGUCAAGUUCAUCGACAACAAUCUGUCUAACGUGAGGAACGCGAUUGUGGUGCACUCGGACUACAGCAAGUCCAAGGGUGGCUACACGGGUGCUGCUACCAGUCAGGCGCAGAUCACGGGUGUUACCGUCUCAGGCCUUACUGGUACAGCUACGAACCUGUACGACAUCGAGGUGAACCCGAAGGCGGUUUCAAGCUGGAAGUUCUCAGGUAUCCAGGUGAAGGCUGCGGCUAAGGGCAAGCUGAACGGUGUGCCUGGUGGCGUUGCCGUUUAG